AUGUCGAAGAUCACUCCGAACCCAGCUAAAGCGUUGUUGAGGACGGAGAUAGCUGCUCGCAUCGCAGCACUGUCUACAGAGGAGAAGAACCGUCAGUCUAAGAUAGUUUAUGACAAGAUCAUCAACCACCCAUGGUACAAAUCAGCGAACCGUAUUUCACUAUACAUGAGCACAGACCAGGAGAUCAACACCGCCCCUAUCAUCAGCCACAUCAAGCAGCGAGGAGCUAAGCCCUUCGUCCCACAGUAUGCUGGUGGAAAGAUGAGGAUGCUGCUCCUUGAAGAGAAUGAUGAUGAGAAUACCAUGUUUAUCACGAGACAUGGUAUCGCACAGCAUGCGAAGGAUCAGAAGAGGGAAGAUGCUGUUGAAACUGGUGGACUGGACCUGGUGAUAGCUCCAGGAGUAGCGUUCUCCAAAUCCGGAAACAGAUGCGGUCACGGAGGAGGCUAUUAUGAUAAGUUCCUUGCUGGCCUUAGGAGUAACCCGGAAACCGCACCCAAGGUUGUAGCAGUUGCCUUCAACUGCCAGGUGAUAGACGACGUACCAACGAACGAACAAGACCAAAAAGUGGAUGAAGUUAUAUACGCUGAAUAA